ACUGAAUUACAUUACAUAAAUAUAAAGAUCCUGUAUACUUAUUACUUAAAUAUUGAUUCAUGCAUGUCCUGAUGUACACGACGUACCCGUCUCGGAGUGUAAGAAGGAAAUAUUAUUAACAACCUAUUAUUUAACAACCCCGGCUGCUCGUAUUCUUUUAAUUUGUCUUCUUAAGUACUUACAUAAGCUUUGUAUAAAUAGAACAGAACAAAACAAUUCUCUAAAGGAAAGUGUGCAAAAUUUAAUUGAAGAAGGAAAACUAUUUAGAAUAUUUCGAUCGGGUUAUUCAUUUUCAUCUCACAUUUCAUGAAAAUAAUUGCAAAGGAAGGAAGUUAGAAUGUUGGUCAAGAUUUAUCUUAGAACUGGACCACCUAUUUACGUAAAGAAGAUGAUCGAUUGGUCCAGGUCAAUCUAUGAGUUGGAAGUUCUACACGACCAAUUUAUGACCGUGCACAUUGAUCUCACUUGGAUGGAGGCUAUUGAGAAAAGUUUUAAUGGGUUUCGAAUUGAUGCAAACAAGUAUUACGUUCGCAGGGUACGAGGUCCUUGUGGCGAACCACCACACACAUUGACAGAACCUAUUUCAAUUUUAUUGUCAGAAUUUAAGAAACUUCGCGAAGGAAAAAAGUAUUCUGUGCAGAUAAUGAGUUUUGAUGCGAAGGUCCCAUUUUAUAGUGUGGCUGGAGGAGUCCGUAACGAUUUGAGCUGUCAAGAAUAUGGAGUUAAACGCCAAAGGACACACAAAUCUGUGCAGGAUAAUGACCGUGCUGAUGAAACAGACAUCGAAGAGGUAACUUCACAGGAAACUGGAGAAGAUAACGUAGUUGAGAUUGAGACGAUGACGAAUCAGGAACUAGAGACUUGUCAAGUUCACUUAUCACGACCCCCUCCUCCAGUAUCCGAGUAUCAAAAUGGAUUAAACUUGCAACAAAGAAAUUCAACACCAGUUGCGUCACGACCAAAUUCAAUUCCACAACAAUUCGAAAACCAAGGAUUGGAUCCGAACGAAGUCAAAGCCAAGUUUUUGGAACGUGCGGAAAUGACGAUGACAAAUUCACAAAACAUUGCCCUUUGUUUAGCUUCGCAAAGCACAAAAUGCUCUCAUCCAAUUGAAAAACUCCAAUAAAGAAGGUAACAAAGAAUGGUCAAAGUGGGUCCUGACUUCGCCAGGACCGAGUACCAUUCUCCGUAUAUUGUUUGACGUGUAGCUAAAAGUAAAGAAUUUAAAAUUCCUACAGCUUUUUCAUGUGAUUCAAAUAAAGACUUCGCAUCAAUUUAUUGCAUUAAUUGUAUGCUAAUGUGUGAGGUAGUAAAUAAUACUAAAUUAUUGAAUCAUAGCAGAUAGCUUUUGUAUAUUGUUAACGACUCUAUUUUCAUUUUCUGCAAAAAAGUAUGGUAUGUAUUUAUUAAUUAGUAAAUGAAAAUGAUUUUCACACAAAUCAAAAAUGUUACGCAUUGCUGUUAUAAUUGAAAACAGAUCCAGUUCCGCCUGCAUUCUGAUUAUUAUUAUUAAAGUUAGAAUUUUGAAUUUCAUGAAAA